AUGGAGCUGACUAUGGAUAUGCUAGCUCAGCUGAUGACUAGGGUAGUGCAGGAUAGGAUGCCUGGGCGUCAGGGAGAAGGAAAAACUAUAGAGAGAGCAAGAAAAUUAAGGGCAACAGACUUUGAGGGGACGAGAGAUCCCACAGAUGCUUACUCUUGGAUGGAUCAAUUAGAGCAAGUAUUUGGGAUGAUGGAGUGCACAGAUGACCAAAAACUACGGUUUGCUACCUUUCUACUUAAAGGCAGGGCUCAUCAUUGGUGGAGAUCGGUACAACUUAGAUAUGGGGAUCCGACAACAAUUACUUGGGCCAAUUUUCUCCAGGAUUUCUUCGAUCAUUAUUUUCCUGUGGUGUAUCAGGACGCUAAGCAGAGUGAGUUUCUCAGACUAACACAAGGAAAUAUGUCAGUGGAGGAAUAUUUGAUUAAGUUUAUUGAGUUAUCACGUUUUGCCCAACUUAUAGUCGGAAAUGAGAGAGCAAAAUGUAGGAGAUUUGAGGAGGGCCUCAGAGAGAUAGCUAUGAGAACUGAGAGUAAUUUGGGAGAGUUUGAUAAGAGAGAGCCACGAAGACCGAAACGUAGUAACCGUGAGUGGACAGUUGGCGGCCCUAGUAAUAGAAAUUAG